AUGGCAUCUUUGAUCGCCUCGCCUGCGAACGGUGUCGCGCCUCGCGCGGUGCGACGACAGUACCAGAGCUGCGACACGUGCCGGCAGAAGCGCAAGGCGUGCGAUGCUGGACGACUCGGCAUUCUGGACGAUGCACUGAAUGAGCAACACGCGCGCAGACCGUCCUGCUCGCCUUGUUUGAAGUACGGCAGAAGCUGCACUUUCUCCUGGCUUGCCCAGCAAUCCCGCCAGGCGCGCACGCUGCCUCGCCAUGCUCGUCCGAGUACUGGCAGUACCCGCUAUCGACCGAAGGAUCCCUUCAAGACGCCGCGAGAUCAGGCACCUUUCUUGGAUCCUCUUUGGACACUGGAACUGUCUCAGGAUGAUGCAGCGGGCGUGACCUUUCCGCCCGGCUGGCAAGAUGAAGUCUUCCACGGGCUCUAUGCCGCCACAGACGUUGCUGCUUCGUACUCCAUCCCGCAGGAGUCUUCUCCUUCUUCUGGCAUGUUGCCGACCAGCGGAGCCACGCAGUCGGUCUUAUGUUCGCCCAGUCUAAGCCAGACGCUUUUCACCCCACACGACCUAUCUCAGUCGACUGACGACCUCUUCGAUCCGAGUAUUUCUGGAAACCAAGGAGAUGUCCAUCAUCGAGCUGCCUCCUUCCAUCACGCAGACGACGCACUAGCCAUGGGUACGCAAAAGACUGGCAUCACCAACAUAUUGGUCAGCAUCUACCGGAACCAUCUCGAGCAUGCCUUGUCGUGCUGGUCUACCGCCAUCAACUGCCCAUACAACAACCCUGCCCAGACUGCGAGGGGACAAUCGAAUCAAAUGGCACUUCUCUAUAGAUGCACAUCGUAUUACGAGCGUGCUCGUCGAUUGGACCGUGCUGUGCUGAGCCUUGGCCUCAAAAGUCAUCCACCGAUCUCUUCGGGUCAAAGCGAGCUGGCUGCGCAGGUACUUCACAAAGUCAUUCUCGCGUUUUCGAGCCAGUGGAGUAGCACCGAUCAUGCGACAUCUGCUGGUGCGCGGAGCCCAUCGACAGCGGACCCACUGUCGCUACAUCUGUUGUCCACACUACAAAAAACAUUGUGGCAUGACGCGAAGCUCGCGCUUCAUGCCGCCGCCGGGAUCGCCUCUUUCCAGGUGGCUUUUGCCCAGCUCAUAUUCUCGUUCAUUCGCAGCCCCCUGGAUGAUCAAGCAAUGCCCGGGCGCCGCCAUUCCUCCGUCAGUUCACAGCAGGGGCGUCACGACACGAACACAUCGGAGGAAUCAGAUCCGUGUCUUGAGGUGCUGCGAUUGGAUGAGCCACCGACACACCUGGAAAAUGCGCUCCGCCAGUUGCUCCAUUGGCGCCGUUGGCUGUACUCGGAGCUGAGACGGAAUGCUCAAGGCAGUGCGAGCCUGAACCUCAAGCAGAAGACGUUCCUCAACGAGUUCAAUAUGCUGUUCUGGCUCGCGGUCAUGUGCGACACGACGUCGUCGGCCGUGAACGGUCGCAGCAUUGUCAUCUCGGACGAGGACACCGCCAUCGAGAAUAUUGGCCCAUCCCGCACGACCCACGCAACACUGACAUCUCCAGGUAUUGGUGAAAUUCCUGGAUCCCAGCAAACCGAGAAGCCCGUCCCGCUCUGGAACGAGAGGAUACUUGAUCGAAGCGCAGCUGCGGAUGAAGCAUGCCACAAUUGGCCGCUCCCAGAGUCUGAAGUUGAACGGAUAUUGCAGGAAGCCAUCCCGACCAAGGUCUUGCUUUUCCGCCGCGUUGCGAACCUGCAGACCCUUGUCCACCAAAACGCAUCAAACCAUAGAAUUGAGAACGCCAUUCAGGAUGCGUUGAUUGUCUAUCAGCACUGGCAGGCAAAGUACGCUGAUUUCAUGUCGAACUGCACGCAGCGCUGCAGCCACCUCUCUCCCUCCGUGCGCUCUUGGCAUGUCAUUCUGGCCGUGCACUGGCACUACGGUGCGAUUCUUCUCGCGGAAGCCAUCGAUCGCAUCGACGGAGCGUGGUCGAGCGACGAGCGACGCCGGUCGAAGCGCCAAUCGCUCUACAGUCCGACGGCUCUGGCGCUCGAGAACUCUGUAGCGAUCACGAGGCUCGCGGUGGGUUGUAGUCUGGUACGGGACACGAGCACUUGGCACGACUCCCCGCAGGACGACGGUGCGGACGCCAUGAUGAGCGAGCCGUGGUGUGAGAUUAUGAUUCGCUCGCUGAGCAAAGCCGCUGCUACCAUUUUGGCGGCCUGCUCGAAUGGCGCCACGGCAGAGCAGUGUCUCUGGCUGGAAGAGCAUGGUCUGGAUGCUGCUGAGCUGCGGCAUGGGGUGCAAGGGUGUAUUGCGGUUUUGCGUGAGCUCAGCCGCCGAUGCCAGUCGGCGGAAUUGGUGGCGGCCGCGCUGGAUCGCAGGCUCUCCACCCUGUCACUUUUCGCCUCGUACUAA